AUGGGUUCGAGUGACAUUGCCGCACCGCAGCCUCGUCUCAAGUAUCCUCUGAUAGCUCCACACCCGCACGGGCCGCAGAGGAGUGUGCCGCCAAAGCGACAUCGAGAUGACGACGAACUAUCCGAGCAAUCAAAGAGGCGGAAACGAUCGGAUUCUAAUACGUCCAUGGAACUUGGGGAAGAAGACCGCUUGUUGAUUAAGCUGAAGGAUGAAGAGAGUAUGCCCUGGAAAGACAUCGCCGCCCGCUUUCAAUCGGACCUGGGAAAGACCUACCAGAUUCCCGCACUGCAGAUGAGGCUCAAGAGGCUAAGGGAGCGGAUGCGAGUCUGGACAGAGACGGACAUCAGAGCGCUUCGCAUGGCACAUGAUUACUGGGUGCAGAAUAAGUUCGAGAUCAUUAGCCAGAAGAUGCUCGACUUCGGUUGUACAGAGAAGUGGACCACCAAGCAGUGCUCGCGCAAGUGGCAGGAAAUCGACCCUGGACCAACGACAUAUGCUUCCUAUGACGUUAACCCUCCAACUUCGUACGCUCCGUACACGAUGAGCCCUGUGGAGGCGCCUGGUUAUAUCCCAGACCUCUCCCUCUACUGA